AUAACAAAGUCAGUAGAAAAACCAAACCAUUUACAAAUGAUCAUGCGAAGUUCGAUUUUCAAUUUCUUACGCGUUGGUGCCACUAAUGCUAUUGAAGAGGUGGAAAACUUCAAUUACGGUAGCAUAGCCAAGUUGAUAAAAUAAUUUUGCACAAGCAUCCGCAUUCGAGUCACAAAAUAAUAGUAUCAUUGGAUCCGCAAAUCUGUACUGAGCAAAUGAGUUUCUCAAAAUAAAAAUCGAUUUGAAAUGUACGAAUUACAAGUCGUAGUUUUGUGCUUUUUAGUGACCUGUUCUGAAUAUCAGGUCACUGGGAAAUCAAGUCCGAGUAGUUCAAAAGGUAAAGGGAGCAGUGGUGGAGGAGGAGGACGUUCGUACACAACGAGUUAUUACUAUUAUAGUUACUAUUACUAUCGUUCUGAUGAAGACGAUGAUGGUCCAUUAAGACCUCAACUACCUCCGGCCACUGAGCAAGAUAAAAUUGACGCUGCAAACAUAGUCAACGCUAAUUUCGAUGAGAAAACUAUCGCACUCAUUCUUCCAUAUCGAGAGCAAGCUAAUCGUACAGUGAUAAAUAAUGAAAUCGCUAAUUAUAAUCAUGGAAAACGUCUCAUACAUGAAAAAUAUAAACCCUGGCAUAAAAAGAAUCCAAUAUUUAAAGACCUCUGUUUCGCUCUGGUCAACAGUCCAAUAUUUGUUAUGGCGAUGUACUUAGGAGAAUUUCUGCACAGGAAAGAUGAAACCUAUAUUAUAAUGGUCUUAACAUUAGUCCAAAACAGGGGAGAAAUGCAUUACAUCUACAAUCACACACAUAAAAGAAGCUUGACAAAAAGAAGAAGAAAGCAAAGACAUCCGUUUGCCAAUUUAAUGAAAGUCUGGCUCGAUAGAGAUCGAGAUCCUGAAGGUAGCGCUUUUACACCACAAGAUAUAACCAAAGAUGUAGAAAGCAUGAAAAAAGAAUACCAUAAAUGGAAGAAAACACGAGAUUCAUUAGAAAACACCCUGAUCAAGAAAUCUUUUAAGUUCGCAUUAGAAGUUAUAAAUCAAUUCGAAACUGAUGAAAAAAUCUUAAUCAAGGAUGCAAUCAAAAAGAAAAUCAAAAAUCAUGAUCUAGUCGAUGCGUAUACUUCUUUGGCACUUUAUGUGAAGGACAGAAACGAAUACAUGGCUACCAUUCUAUUUAACCACUGCGAUGGUAAAGAUCGUUGGGCUGUUUGGAUAAUGAUGAUAGGGUUCAUUAAUCCUAAUGACUGGCCUGAUAUAGACGAAGCUUUCAAAAAAAUCAGCAACGGUGUAUCAUUAAAGGAUCACAUUUUAAAAGUCGCCGAAAGUGAUAGACUACCUUUCCAAAUGAUGGCAGCGGUGAUAGAUCCGGAUUACAAAAUAGCCGAUCAGUGAAUAUUUUAAAAAGAAUAUUCCAAAAUGAAAUGGAAAUUUUUUGGAAUACGGUAUCUUUGCAAACAAAUGAAUAUUUAUGAUGAAUUAAAGACAAAUU